AUGAUUCAACUAAGUAUAUGUAUGAUAAUUAUAAUUCUAUCAGUUCAAGCAUCUUCUGAACCAGUUGGCACAACGAUUGAUCCUAAGCAUGAGUUACUGACAGAAAUUGUCGGAAGAUACCGUUUGGCAGCUCGACAUUUUCGUGAAAGUCAGACGAUCUUACCAUUUGACAUUCAAUUUCCCGUUCAUGAAAUCCUCAAAAUUGAUUCGUCUACUAAUGAAUACGUUUUCCGUGCUACAAUUCAACUUGAUUAUCAAUUCGACCUUCUUCAUUGGGAUGUGAAUGAUACACGAAUCCGCUAUCGUGAUAUUGAUGAAAUUCUUCUCACUAAAACACUUCUACAAUCACUUUGGCUGCCUGAUAUUCACUUGCUCGAUGACGAUUCUCUUUCAUUUGACAUUGAAAACGAAUCAGCUAAAGUGACUCGUGAUGGGCAGAUACGUUGGAUCCGUCGUGGUCUGUUCAAAAUUAUCUCUCCUAUUGAUCUAACCUAUUAUCCAUUUGAUCGUCAAUACCUUCGACUAGAUAUGUACAAUCGAGAGCAACGAUUAAAGUUGCAGUACCAAGAAAUGAAUAUUUCAAAUAUCAUUUCUGAACAGCCGCGUCCCUUGAGUGUCUGGUCAAGAAUAUUCGAUAUACCGGAUUUGAAAAGCUCAAAUGAAAACAAUUCCUUCACUUUUCAACAUACAAAUCAUACAAGUAGACCAAUACUUUCACGUGGAUGGUUUAUUCGAACGCUUGGUAUCGAACCAAAACUGACAAAUCAAAAUUUAGAUAAACUCAGUAUCUAUGUUCUUAUGCAACGUCGUCGGGAAUCUCAUAUAUACACAACCAUUCUGCCUACAUUAUUCUUCUCUGUAUUCAUCUUCGUUUUCUACUUCGCAUCGAUUGAAUCGUAUCAACGUUUAAUCGUUGGUCUUCUACACAUAUUCGCAACACUGAUGUUUAUCAUUCAUCUCGAUCGGAAAAUAUCGGCUGAACAAUUAUCUUAUACACCAUUGAUCAUUCGAUAUUUAUCAAUCAUAUUCCUAUUGGAAAUUCUAUCCUUAUUCUUCGAUCAUAUUAUUCAUUUGAUUUACUACGGUGGGAUACAUUUCAUAUCGAAUUGGUUAUGUAAGAAUGGAAAUGAUGAAACCCAAGGAGCACGCUUAUCUCAGGUGAAACUGCUAACCCGUGGUUCACAUCGAAAUUAUGCGGAUCAUAGUGGCGGAUCGGAUUUCUUAUUGAAAAAAUUAGUCGAACGAGAAGAAUCGUUGAAAAUUGAAGAUUAUCAACGUUACCAAUGGCAUAAACAAGCGCGUCUCAGCGAAUGUUUAUGUUGUUCAUUUUUUCUCUUUAUUAUUCUUGCCAUAUUUGUUUCAAUGUUCUUCAUUUUCCCAACAUUUGCUUUAUCGAAAAUGACUUAG